GUCAUUAUACAUAAAAACUCACAUAUCUAGUGUUUUUUCACUGACACCGUCUAAAAUGGGUCGCUGUGGUUUAUCAGGACCUUAAUGAUGAUGAAGCAUGUUUAAUUAUGGACUAUCUAGUAGUGAUGGGUCUAACGACACUGAAGCCUCGACACAUGUGUCGACUCCACAAGGCGAAGCCCCGUGUCGGUGUGCGUAUCGCUGUAAGGCAAACCACGUGACCGACACAGUUGCUGUGUCGUUUGGUCUUGGAAGCGCCAAAUCGUAUUGAUAAGGCGGAAAAUGUGGCGACAGGUUUGUGGCUCGUGUUGCACCGACAUUUUUGUGUACUUUGUGGCUUUGCGUUGGUUUCUUACUUGUUUGUGGAGAUCAUCAUGGAUAAUCAAUCAAGGAAGAGGAAGUUUUCUGUCGUGUGGAAUCACUUUGAUCUUAUCACGGCAAAUAAGGUAAAUGCUCUUCCUGUUGUUGUUUCCACUAUUUUUGGGGGUUAUUGCAAUUUAUAUUCAAACGAAAUUGCUUACACAGAUUUAUUUGUAAUUCUGACUGUAGGUGAAAUGUAGGAUUUGCUCUCAGGAGUUGUCCUACAGUAACCGGAGCACCUCUACAAUGCUGAGGCAUUACCGACAUGAGAACGAAGCGCCUGAUGACACCCCUUUGAUCAACCCGAGUGCUUCCAUGAAGCAACGAGGUGAUGAAAGAAUUGUGAACAUGAUUAUUAAAGACUGUCAGCCGCUCAGCAUCGUGGAAGACGAGGGGUACCGAGAGUUGAUGGAGUUCAUUAUGCCCUCAUAUGUUCUGCCAACAAGAAAGACUCUCAAGAUCAUGAUUGGCCAAAAGUAUGAGGAGAAAAAGGAGAAGGUGAAAAAAGAGCUGGAGAGUGCUGCUGCAGUGAGUCUAACGGCUGACAUGUGGACUUCAAUCGACAUGGAGGCAUACCUGGCUGUAACCUGUCACUACAUCCACAGUGAGACUCAUACAAUGUCUACAUCAGUGUUAGGAGUGGAACACUUUCCCCAGCUGCACACUGCUGAAAAUCUGGCCCAAGCUAAGCAAAAAAUAACGGAAGAUUGGGCCAUAGCAGAGAAAGUGAGAUGUCUAGUCACAGAUGCAGCAGCAAACAUGAAGGCAUGUGCCAGAAAGCUCCACAUUAGACACACAAUUUGCAUAGCUCACUCAUUGAACUUAACAGUCAGGAAAUCAUGUGACAAAAUUGAGACACUCACAGGUAUUCGUAACAAAACAAAGCAGAUUGUAACAUACUUUCGAACAAGUACCACGGCCAAAGAGAAGCUGGGACAAGUCCAGCUACAGAUGGGAUCACCAGUGAAGAAAUUAAUUAAUGAGGUGUCAACUAGAUGGAACAGCACAUAUUUAAUGCUGGAACGCAUGGUGGAGCUGAAGGAAUCAAUGAUGGUAUCUCUGGCCUCUUUAAAUAGUGAAAUACCUCCUCUAACUACACAGGAUUUUGAAACCAUACAGGAGACUCUCCAUGUGCUUGCUCCAUUUCACCAAGCAACAGUGGAGCUGUCAGAGGAGAAAAGAGUGAGUGGAUCAAAAGUCAUUCCUAUGCUUAAAAUGCUGCACCACUCAUUGCAACGCAACGCAGUCAGUAUGACAACAGAAACUGCAAAGACUUUGGUGGAAAACCUUAACAAAAGACUUACAGAAACUGUGUGCGGCCUUGAGUCAUCAAGUGUGAUGACUUAACCAACACUGCUGGAUCCUUGGUUCAAGAAAAUGGGGUUUGUGAGUGAGUGCAAAGCCAAUGAAGCAGUGAAAAAACUUAAGUCAGAGUGUGCUGCAGAAAUGAGAAGGAGCACUGUGCCAAUACUAAUGGAUGAUGCCCAGGCUGGACCUUCAACACAACCACCUGCUCCCAGUUCAGUUUGUCAUGUCAUAUUGUAAAGUGUUUAUUUGGAUUUUAACCUCAGCUUUAAUUAGCUGUAAAAGGAGAGUUCAGAGUUUAAGACUAACAUAGAUGCAUUGUAUGUUUUUCCCCCUCAGAUGACAACCUGUGGGAGCUGCUAGACAUGGAAGUCUGGGACAGCAGAGCCAACUCAAGUGCCACCACAGAUUCUGUUAUUGAAGUGAAGAGAUAUCUGUCUGAGGUUAACACUCCCCGCUCACAAGAUCCACUUCAGUACUGGAAAUCACAAAGGGAAGACUACCCUCACUUGUACAGACUUGCAAUGAAAUGUCUCUGUACACCGUCUUCAUCAGUGCCCUGUGAAAGGGUGUUCUCCAAAGCAGGAGAAAUAGUUUCCAAGCGACGUAAUCGCCUUGGCCCUAAGAUGUUACAGCAGCUGAUGUUUCUGAAUAAAAAUGUAUGAAAGA